CCUCCCUGCAUAUACGUGCUAGCUCCGCCUGCUCGCGCGCCACUCACCAGUCUAACUGAGACCACGUACAUACGCGCGCGCGCAGCUUAAUUUGCUCGGGAAUUGACGGUCGAUGGCUCGUGCCGGGACACGCGCGGUUUGCUGGUACUACUCGUGGUGGUGAUGCUGGCGGUGGCGGUGGCGGUGGCGCCGGGCGGGGCGCGCGCGGCGCUGUCGUGCUCGACGGUGUACAACACGCUGAUGCCGUGCCUCGGGUACGUGCAGUCGGGCGGGGCGGUGCCGCGGGGCUGCUGCACGGGGAUCAAGCGGCUCGUGUCCGCCGCGCGCACCACGCCGGACAGGCGCGCCGCCCGCGUCUGCCUCAAGAACGUGGCCGCCGGCGCCGCGGGCGGUCCGUGCCUCACCCGCGCCGCGGGGCUGCCGCUGCCCUACAAGAUCAGCCCCAGCGUCAACUGCAACUCGAUCGAUUCGUACGAUAAAUUGAGGCCGGACCGGAGGAGUGCUCUCCAGCGUACGUGUGAUCUGUCACUCGUGACGCUAGAAGGCCUCAAGGAUGUUGUUUCGACUGAAACUUCUGGGAUAUCGUUCUACUAUGCGUACAUAGUAAUCCAAUUCUGCAGAUGUAUUAUCGAUGAGAAACACGGCGAAUUAUCAUGGAUGUGUGUUUUAUGUAACUAUAUGUACUAUAAUCGUCACCAUUGUUGAAUCCAUACAAAUCCAAAUCAUUUAUUU